AUGGGUAGUUUAGCUGCGUGUAACAUUAGAGGGUUGAACCGUGCCCUUAAACAAAAAGAGGUUCGGCAGCUGAUAAAGGGAAAUCACUUACAGGUGUGCGCCAUUCUGGAAACUCAUGUUAAUGUGUCUAACGUUAAUAAUGUUUGUAAUAAAGUUUAUGCUUCGUGGAGUUGGGCUGAUAAUGCGGCUCACUGCAAUAAGGGAACUCGAAUAAUGCUGGGGUGGGAUGUUAAUCUGGUGGAUGUUAUGAUCCUCGCACAAUCUGAUCAAGUGAUCCAUACUCAUAUUGUUUUUAAAGUUGAUAUGAAAGCUGUGUUCUGCUCGUUUGUGUAUGCCGAUAACGAAUACAAAAAUAGAAUAGCUUUAUGGGAAAAUUUGUGUAUGCAUUACUCCUUUAUGCGUGAUAAACCAUGGAUUCUUAUGGGCGAUUUCAACUAUUCGUUAUUUCUUGAAGAUACACUUUCGGGUUCUUCAUCUAGUAAUAUAGGGAUGGUUGAGUUUAAGGAGUGUGUGGAUUCCAUUGAGGUGUUUGACAUUAAUGCGUCGGGCCUUCACUACACCUGGACUAAUAAACAGCAGAAUCAAUGGGCUGUGUUUAAGAAAAUUGAUCGAAUUCUUGGAAAUUCAAAAUUUAUAGACACAUUCCAAUCAGCUGCUGCGUGUUUCAAGCUGUAUCGGUCUUCGGAUCAUACGCCAUGUAUUCUAGUUUUCCCAAAUAUUACAAGAGAGAAGCCAAAACCGUUUAAAUUCGUUAAUAUUUUAGCGGAUAAAGAAGGCUUUGAGGAGGAGGUCAAGCGGAUUUGGAAUUUUGGAUAUCCAGGGAUUUACAAGUUAGCGGUGAGAGAUGAAGCUCUGUUUCUUCAACGGAAAUCUAAGUUGGAUUGGUUAGAUCUGGGAGACUCGAAUACUAAGUAUUUCCACAAUGUUGUCAAAGCGAAAAAUCACCGGAGUAGAAUUUUUUCUAUUAAAGAUGCGAGUGGUAAAGUUUUUGAAGGUGAUAUGGUCUACCAUGUUAUGGUCGAUCAUGAUGCCAAAUUCUUUGGGCCGACAAUAAAUGUUAGUGCGCAGCCAACACCGGACCUGUUCCAUACUAUGUUGUCAAACGAGAAGGCAGAGUUUAUGGUUAGACAAGUUACAGAUGAUGAGAUAAAAAAAGCUAUUUUCUCGAUAGCAGGGAAUAAAGCACCGGGGCCUGAUGGUUAUACUUCGGUAUUCUUUAAAAGGGCGUGGAAUGAGGUUGGCAAUGAUGUGUGUUGUGCGGUGAAAGAGUUCUUCCAUAAUGGUAAACUCCUUCAACAACUCAAUCAUACAGUGGUUUCGAUAAUCCCUAAGGUCUCAACUCCUGAUUCUAUAACGAAUUAUAGGCCAAUCUCGUGCUGUAAUACGUUGUAUAAAUGUAUUAGUAAAAUUAUCAGUGAGCGGAUGAAGAAUGGAUUGGCGGACAUCGUUGGUAUUAACCAAUCUGCGUUUGUGCCAGGGAGAAGGAUCUCGGAUAAUAUUCUAUUAACGCAGGAACUUAUGCCUAACUAUCACCGUAACUUCGGUCCUCCUAGAUGUGCUUUCAAGAAUGAUAUCCAAAAGGCGUACGAUACGGUCGAAUGGAGUUUUUUGGAGAACACUCUGCGAGGUUUUGGAUUUCAUGCAAAGAUGAUCAUGUGGGUUAUGGCGUGCGUUUCAUCUACGUCAUUUUUGCUAGCAAUUAGUGGUAACCUUUUUGGGUAUUUCAAAGGGAAACGUGGUCUUUGA